UGUAUGAAGUAAUUAAUAAGUGCAAAUAAGUUUUCCAGUUUUAGACAGAUCGAGUAACUUGUAUUAAACCAUGUUAAUUCUUGACGAUACAAUGACUUGAGAGGAUGCUUUUGUGUUGUAUUUUGCUGUGUCUAAUUCCAUUUACAGCAUGUACUUGCACCUUUCCCCUGUCCUCUGGGAGCUGGACGGACAGCGAGUAUGGAACAGUGCAGUUUUCGGGGAGCAUUAUGUUUAUGUCACAGAAGGGGUUCGGCACGGGGGACACGAGUACCAACUGGACAUGCGACACGGUCAGCGGGUCCAACUAUCUAGCCAGAACUGUGACGACAGUGUCGCUAACGUAUGGAGCUAUUGGAACUCUUCAGCUUUAUCUGUAUAUAUGUAUGGAUAUCACCAUGGUUACGCAAUAUUCCUAUUAUUAUUAUCAACAAACAGAGGACAGUGUAGAUUUGGGACGAAUGAAAGGGAGCGUGUCUGCUACGUACGGUGUCUCUGAUGUCUGCACCACUACUAUUCCUGUAGGGCUAUUCCAGGUUCUAGUUAAACAAGGUUCAGAGGGCAGUGCCAUGGCAACCUGUCCCUCCCCAGUACUGGGUUCCUUUACAUACACAUAUUAUGACGGAUCCACAGCUUGUGGGACGGAUUCAGAUUGGGACGGAUGCUCCGACAGCUCACGGAUCUCGCUCAACUACACGCUCUGCAACAAAGUCGUACUGUACUCCGUUGGAGGAAACCUGGGUUGUGUAGUUAAUAUUCAAUCCGGAAGUGACUACUAUGUCGGGUUGUACAACUUUGAUACAACGGUAGAUGGUGCUGCAACAAGAAGAUAUAUAUGUUUGGUCAUAUCUUCCGGAACUUACGUCAAUAUAUCCCAGUCACCUGACCACUGCCAAGCCUCUCAGUCUGCUCACGUGAUACCGGCUUCAGGAGCUCUACUCAGUCUGUCACAAACAGCUUCUUGUGUAGCUACAAGUGCCACCCCAGCAGACUCGGACAACACGUUAGUGAUCGUGCUUCCUAUCCUGUUAAUACUAUUUGUCAUCUAUCUUGUCGUCGUCAUUUUCCUCUACUGCUACAGAAAGAUCUACUGGAGAAGGCGCCUGGAGAGGAAACCCAUCAUUAUCCCGCGAGAGUUGCCAACUGGUGGACACGAACUUUUGGCUGAAUCUGAAACAACAACAGAUGUGAAUUCGGCUAUAAGGCGGGAAGGGACCCAUGUCCCUGUGCUGGAUGGCGGGGGACAGCCGCAGACACGUCUGAUGGAGGAGAGGAUGAAACGAGUGAUACCGAUACCUAACACCACAAGUCGUUCUCAACCUCGAUUUCAUGUCAACAAAAAGGUUCCGAGAAUUGACAAAGUUCAAAGCUAUCGAGACAACGAAAUGCACAAAGUUUCACGCGUAUACAGUCGCAACGUCAGCCCGCAUAAUCAGUAUCGGCCGACUAUUGUAAGCAGGCAGUCCUUCAUGUCACGAGCCAAAACUUCACACGGAGGUUCCAAUCAAACAUUGACAAACGGAAGUCUCUAUUCGGAAACACUUCCAAACAUGCGGAGCACCUCUAGUAUUAAACUGUCUAUGUACAGCUUGUUCAGUAAACAGGAAGCGAAGUCACCUCUUUCGUCUGGCUUUGGAAGUGAGGAUGACAGAACUAUAUCACCGGAUCCGGAAAUUCAGAACCCGGUUAGAAGUAAGACAGUCUCAAGAGCCAGCAGAGCCACAUACAAUAAAGUUCUUCCUGCAUCACGUGACCAAAACACUCGCGUUGAACCCCAAGUACUUAGUUUGUACAAUUUUGUGAUGGCAGAGGGAUAAUUACGACAGGCAAUAAUUUUUUAUGCCAUCAUAAAAUCAGAUAUUAUGGGUUUUUUCAUGUUGUUUUUCAUGGCAUGAUGGUAAUUUUAAUUUGCAACUGACGAUUGACCGUUAGUGAAGUUGUAACACUCAAUUACAUUAUUAAUAUGUAUACAUAUAUAUAAUGCUUACAUAUCUUAAGAUUUGUAAUGGAUAGCCAAAGUAGGAGAGAAAAAAUUACGAGGUCCAUGUUUCUUAUACGUUAUAUUGAUUGUUAGAUAAGAUCGGUAAAGUUGGCUACUAGUAACCAGCUACUAGUAACUGGCUACUUAAAAAGAGAAAAGUUGGCUACUAGUAGCCAGCUACUUGAACCAGGAAAAGUUAUCUACUCGUAGGCAGCUACUAAAAGUAAGAAAAGUUAUAAUUACUGAUAGCCAGCUACCAGAUAAAGGUUAAUGAGUUUGAAAAUUAUUAUCUAUCAGAUUUAUUUCUAAAGGGGACGAGGAGUAGUAUGAAAUUUCAUGCUCAAUUAUUCCCAAUUAGAUAAGGUUGCAAUGCAAAAUACGAAUAAACUUUUUCAACUGA